ACUCAAAUGGUGCCAUAACCAUGGAUAUCCCUGCAGCAGUGCUCUCUGGAGGACGGCUGGGCUUCCAUCCUUAGGGGGCUGACUAUCAUACUACUAUCAUCUGUGGGAGCACAGCCUCUGCUUCAGUCCUAGCAAAGCUUCCUACCACCAAAUCAUUGCACAGGCAAGAGUUAAGAAGUCAUGGAGAUAAAAUUGAGUUAUUUAUACAGACAUAGCUUUGUUGUUACAAGCAAAAACAAUGCAGCAGAGCUGCUCCAAAUUGUUUGUGAAGGGUAAAAGUCCGUAAUUCUUUAGGUCAAGCCUUCAGUUCUUCAAGAUUUGUUAAGGAAACACAGCAUAGUUAUUGUUUUGACACCUCAGAGCUCCAGGCUGUAUUAAUGCUAAAACUUCCCUCCAGGCAAGAGGGGCUUGAAGGGGAUGUGAUGAACCCCUCUAAUCUAUCUUCAAAUUAAAAGCAGCUUUAUUUCUGCAGCAGUUUGUUGCUUACAGAGCACCUUCAGAACUUGCAAACAAACAGCUUAACAGGCAUUAAAAUUGCCUUGAGUUAAAGGGGGAAAAAAUAGGCAAGCAAGCGUGCCCAUUUUCCAUUCCUGAAGAUGAGGAGCAUAAAAAUUCCAGAGAAACCAUAUUUGAGAGUAUUUCUGCAGGGCACGUUUAGAUCAUGGGUUAUUUCUGUCAGACUAGCAAGUAAAAUUAAGCCGUUCUGCAUUUCCAAGAGUGUUGUUGACGCUGGAGACUGCACAGCCCUUGGGCACAAAGCACCCCAGUGUGCUGCAUAGACCGCCAAGGGUCCCCAGGCUCAAGCACCUCCUUCAUGCAGCACUGGGGUUGGUCCUGCCUGUGUGGGGACAGCCUGAGAGAACCCAGCUCCGUGAGGAGCCUGCAAGCCCAGCUCCAGCAGCCACACUGGCCGUGGCAGCCAUGUUGGCCGUGGCAGCCAUGUUGGCCGUGGCAGCCAUGUUGGCCGUGGCAGCCAUGUUGGCCGUGGCAGCCAUGUUGGCCAGGCCUCACCAGGCCCCACGCUGGGCCGUGCUCCCCUUGCAGCAGCUGUGCUGUGUCCCAAGGGAGCCUUAACUCUGCAUCGUUCACAAACUGCCCCCGGCUCAGGCAGUACAUGAGUUUCCUGGGGACAGAGCCCGGCAGAAGCGUUCCUCACCCCAGCCCCAAAAACACAGUGGCUGCAGGGUGACCAGGCUGCAGGUUGGCUGCUGCCAUUGCAGUGCAGCCAGCAGCCCCACAGGUGGCUGCAUGCAGGAUCAGUAGCUCUCGUAUUUUUCCUUUCUAACAGUUAAUCUUGAGGGGAAAAAAAAAAUGAAUUUCAACGUCUGGAAUAUCAAGGAGAUGCUCAGCACUCCCACAGCCUCUGGGUAAGUGCCGUGUGUUGUUACACCCGUCACACUGCAGCCCUCAGAGCCUUUAAGUGCAACAGCCUCUCUCAGGAAUUGAGAUGAUGAGGAUGUUAUAAAUUCAAAAAGCUCCUUCCUGAUGUGUGGUUGGUUAGAGUACCAAAUAGUUGGGAGGUCUUGCACUGCUAACAUACAGCAUUCCUAGAACUGGCAACAUUCUGAGUGUUUUCUGAGCAUUUACCCAAAAACAUUUUAGUGGUCCACUUAUUGAAUUCAAGACGUAUAAGCAGAGGGAUUGUGGUGAGCAGCAGGUUAUAUUACCUGAGUGAAUACUCCUGUAAAUGUGGUGUAAUAGAGUGAAAUAUGGAAAGAGGAAAAUCUGCUGUGCCUGCCCUAUGCCCAGCUUUUGGGUGGCUUUCAGACUGUUCUCUUGGCUUGGCCUAGGAUAGGAACAGGCAGGAACUUUGCCUGUAUAAGGUUAUAAGCUGCACGAUAGGGAUAUAAGCUAGGAGGUGAUCCAGCAGGGUCACCUGGAACAGGAGGCACCACCAUUUUUUUUGUUAUGGCUCCCUACUUUUGGAAAUUGUUGGAGAAACUGCCAUAAUUACAUGGUCACUGUACUGCCAAAGCAGGGAAUGACUGCAGGAAUGACAAGAAAUAUGUCUAAAAUUACUCUGCGGUUAAUCAUGGUCUGUUGAAUUAUGGCUAAUUAACCUACUCUGUGAUUCUGUUUCUGUCUACAUUACUCUCAGCCUACUAAGUACUGUGAUAGAUUUACCAUUGUAGGGAAUUUUAAAAUCAACACUGGCAGCUCUGCUGAAAGCUAUUCUGUGCUUUGAGCAGGAAUUUAUUCAGGAGUCCUAUGGCCUAUCUUAUGCAACAUGUCUAAUUAGAUAAGUUAAAUGCUCCCUUCUUGCCUUGCGUAGAAGAUAGAUGGAAUGAAUCACGAUUUGCAAUAUCAUUACACGUUAUGUAACUCUGAAGUUAUUCCAUAUACUGCAUUUAUACACAUGGAUGAUUUCUUUCCCCAGUAGAAGUCAAAGAGCAGCUAUAACUCCCCACAUCUACAAUAUAUAAUGAAAUAACAAAUAUUAUUUGUAUUGAACAUCUAGAGAACAAAUGCAUAAAAUGCCUUUUUUUUCCUUUUUUUCUUUUUAAAUGAACAGCAGAGUAUCAACCUUUGCAUCACUUGGCUUAAAAACAGUGCCAGAUUUAUCCCUCAUUUAACUCUGGAGAAGCUAAUUGAUUACUUUUGUCCUCUGAUCCUCUGGUAGUUAAACAACCACUUACAUAACUAACUGUUCAAAUUCACAGUUUUAGUCAUAGUGUCUCCGAUGUGGCCUGAUGUUACAAUGAUGAUGGAUGAUAAUGAAAAUAUAAUAGCAGGUUCCUUCCCCAUUAUAAAAGUACUUGUCGCAUAGGUAUGAAUUAAUUGAGUUUUGCACAGAUGCAGGGGUCAAAGAGGACCCAAUUCAGAGAAAAGUAUGUUUAUACCUGUCACGAUUUAGCCUUCAUAAAUAUGCAUUGCAUCAUUCUAUUGUCUUGAUUUUUUUUUCUCUGCUUUUAUUAAAGCCUUGCCUCUUAACUAAUCUAAUAACACACGAUUGAAACACAGGUGAGAUUUUAUCACCUGCUCCUCAGCAUUCCACUUUUUUGGCAAAUGAGUUGAGAGGGUCAAGUAGGGCAUGAAACAAUACUGAGAAUGAAGCUGAGCUUUUAGAGGAGUUAAAAGGAGAACUCAGAAGGCAAAUUAACUUCUUUUAAAGGAAAAAAAAGUUAGGAGUGUGUGCACAAAACUGAGAUAUGAGAAAAGCUGUUAAUAACUUCGCCCAGCUCACUUCUCCUGUUACUAGAUCCUUUUCUCACUACAGCAGGAUAUGAUACACAGACUGCACAGUGCUGCCUUUCAGAAAGCUUCCAAGAUGAAACAAAAUCAGCACAUAAUAUUGACAGGUAUGCCUCAGUGUGUUCGUUCUUUGCACAUUUGAGGAAAGGUGUUACUUCUGAGAGCAGCUGCCGCCAGGUCCAUGAGCAAUGCAGGACUCCAGUGAUGUAAUAAGGCCACAACAGAGAAGCCCAACGUUGCCCUGCUCCGUUACCUCUUGUGCUUCCUUUCCACCUGCACCUCAGAACAGAGCGGGGGCUUGGGGUCAUAAUCCAUCAAGCAUGUGUGUUCUCAUCUGCAACUGCUGGCUGCCUGAGAAAUAGGAUGGGGGAGCCAAAGUCCCCACUUCACCUGUUCUUAUAUAUGAAUAUUGGCAUAGCAGAGAUCAUACAGACUCAUCAGAAAGAAGAUUAUCUAGUUGGACACUGUAAUAUCAGGCUGCCAAUUAUUUGAGAAGGUAAGAAGAGGUCAUGCUGAUAAAGUGACAGCUAUGCUGUGGAGAAAGCUAAGAGUCAAUUUAAGUGUACCAACAAACAACACGAUUUUGGGGGAUUGAAAUGCCAGACACAAUUAGGGAAUGUGUCGCAUUAGAGCUGUGCUGCUGCCUGCCCGGCCAGAAGGGCACACAGAGGAAGAUCACAGGGCACCUGAGCACAGCGGUCACAAAAGCAGCGAUGCUUCAAUUAGCCUUCUGUCAACUCACAGUGCUGAAACCAGAUUUUCAGCACCAGUAAGACCUGCUCAGCGAGAGAACUCCCAGGGAAGAAUGGCAUCUUGCUUUGGUCCUGGGUUGGGCACAAGGCCCUCGUUUGGAGCAUUACUGCAUUAUUCUUGUUGCACUGCCAUAGAAGUGACAGUAAUGAACUGGAGUCAGCAUCUCUGCGGAGAAAUGGGAGCCAAAAAUCCACUACAGAGAUGUUUAAUUUCCAAAAAGACAUUUACGUAGAAAUAAAGAAGCUUGUUAGAAAGGAAUUCAAAGGGGUGGCAGGAAGGGCUGUAGGUUCGCCUGAGGAAUAGAGAUUAUUUAGACCUUGAGCUGAAACACAGAACAAAUGCAGAGCAGCCAUCAGAGCAGAGUGAGCAGGACCAGUACCAGACUGACACAGUUAAACAGCAUGGUAAAGAAAACAAGAGGGCACCCUUUAAGAAAUUAAAGAGCAUUAAAAAUGUAAAGAUGGGAAGCAAAGUAUUACAAUUUUGAAUUGAAGUUACCAUAAUUUUCUUGUUCCACGUGAAAGGCAGUAACUUGCUAAAGGCAUAAUAACUACUAAUAAACCAAUUUCAAAAGCCAUCAGGAGCAGAAAGCCUGCCAGAGGGUGGGUAAGGCCAAUACAUGACGAAAAUACUGAAGAGAAGUAUUAAAUUAAAACAAGAUGCUGUAACAUGAAGUCUACUUGUACCACUUAUUCUCCGUGGCGUAUUUCUGCUUUGAGAAAAGACUUGAGUUUAACAGCCUCAUUCAACCUGUUAUUUCAUUCCAUAUAGCAGAACCACAAAUUCCUUAUGCUUUAAGAAUCCAAGGUCCAAGAAUUAGCAGAAAGUGACAGAGAGAGACAAGACAGUGACUGAGAGAGCGGCUCAAAUCAAAUCCUGAGCCUACAGGACUCUGCAGCCUGGAAGACGGCUUCAGAGCGGGGGACAGUUUCUGUCUCCAGAGGUCUAAUUCCUAAUAUGGCCAAGGAUAAAUGUGUGAGUAAACGCGGCUGUGCCGCAGCGAUCUCCGCCUGCUGGCUCCUCGCUCAGGACAAAAGAGCCGACACGGUUUCCAAGAGCGAGCCCAGUAUUUUUACCAAAUACCAAGCAAAACCACAGCUAUUCGAUGAAGAUACAAGAGAAAAAGGGUUGCUUAAUUUUGGUGCAGCACAAGGGAAGAGAGUCCUGGAAAACUUUAAAGCAAAUAACAACAAAAUAAAGGACAAAUACGAUCGAGAAGUGUUAAGCACCUUUAUUUCCAGCAUCAACAACAGGCUUCAAGGGCUGCAAGCAUGCUUGGACAACAUUGAAAAAGAGUUCAAUUCAAGAAACAAAUCAAUUUCUGUUCACCUGGAGACCAUUUCCAAGACACUGCAAGAUGCUCUUCAAAGUCACAGUGACGUGGUGCUGAAAGCCCUGGAAGAUAAAAGCCAAAUGGAGCAGGCGCUGCUGGAGAUGGAGAGGAGACUGGCGGCUAAAGAUGUGGAUAUUUCGGAUGUGAAAUCCAGUGUCCUGCAGCUGAAGGAGGGUCUGGAGUCACUGCCAGCUCAGCUCAGCGACCACCACCUGAAGCUAUGUGAAGAAUUACGCUCCCUGAAGCUCCCCAGUGCCUUAGCUGAGCUGCAGACCUUCAUGACCAGUGCCAAAGUCCCCCCCAGGAUGGUGGAUAACUCCUCCCAGACCUCGCCUGGCACGUGCCAGGACCGUGCCCCACGCCAGCAGAAAGCACACUGGCCGUGCUGCCAUGGUACAGGGGGCUGCAGUUCCUUGGGUCUGUCUGCUGCGGGGAAGCAGCACAGAGUCAGCGGGGACGUGACGCCUCGGGGUGGCCUCAAUACACCUUGUGAAAGCAAAGUCAGCCCCGUUGCUACAGCUGCGUAUGGCGGGGAGGUGGAAUCUGCUUUGGUAGCACAGAGCUGCUCUCACCAUCCGUGUGCGUGCAGUGCUAACAGCCAGUUUCGGGGGGACGGUCGGAAAAAGCCCAUUCCUGUACUGCAGGAGAUAUCCCCAGUCACUCCUCUGAGGAAGGCAGUCCGCAGAGGUACCAGUGGAUUUAAACCCGUGACACCAUCACAGCAGAGGCAGCCUCAAGCGUGCCAUCUCCUUGUGCAAAGCAACGUGUCUGGGCAGAGAGAUGGGAGCUCGUCCACAGACCAGGAGCUGGAGAACAUAGCCGUAGGGAACAAGGCAAAGCUGAAGCUGGGAAGGAUCCCCUGGAAUAAAGUAAUGGAGAGGAAGAAAACACACCCCGGCAAGAGAAAAGGGGAGCUCGCCAGGUGUGCUGAUGGUGGGCUGAAGCAAGUAAGAGCAAACAGGAUUAUCGGGUUGGGAAGCACAAGAAAAAAUUGCUUUCCCAGAUACACAGUUGCUCUUGGUUUAGCAAGCUCUAACCCAAUUCCUGCAGCUCCCCAUCAACAGAUGCUCAGCAGUGCUCAGCCCAGGCUUACAAAGAGUUUCCUCCCAGUGUCGUGCUCCAAUAAAAGCAUGCUCCAACUUGCAGACCAAAGAAAGAGAAGUUUGGAAAACAGAAAAAGAGCCAUAGCUGCCAGCGUGAGAAGGGAUUUCUGGGACUCCUCUCCCCAGGAGAGUCUGUUCUCCCUGCGCAGAGCAGGUGAAAAGCAGGCGAGCUGCUCCACAGGCUCCACCAACCCGUGUCCUGGCAAAGUGCAGGGCACAGAAUGUCGCUCCUUAGUUUUUGAUAGUGAUUAUUCAGAUUGAGGGAUUUUGUUUUCAGAGCCUCCAGUGCAGACAUGGCUGUCUGUGUUGCUGUUUACUCCUGUUCAGUCUCCUACAGCUGAUGCUGGGAGCUCCUGUUGGGACGGCUGAGAAGGGCCGAGUGUGAGCACAGCCCCUUGAAAACAGGCAGGGCUCCUGCCUGGCCCCAAGCAUGUCACUGCCUGCUCACAUCCAUCUUCAGAGACAGCUUAGGAUCUGAGGCUUGGGAAGCUGCGUGGGUCUGCGUUGUUUUACCCCCACCAGAAGUGCCCCGGGCUCUGCUUACUGUUGUGUUCACACAGCAGAGAAGUGCCUGCACUCCGCUGAGACUUUCAGCCCUAUGCCUCUAAUAACAUCUUUGUAGCUGGAGGCUUUCACUCCUCUCUUACUCGUAGUCUCUGUUUUGGUUUGCAUGUCUGCAAGUUCUGACUUUUGGCUCUCUAGAAAGUAGGGGUGUUUUUCUGACUGUUUUUGGUAAGGUUAAGAUUUGCUCCAAGAGGUGUUUCUGAGCUUUGGUGGAUAAGGGCUCAGCUGAGGAAAGCAAAGUCCCAGCAACCCGGUGCAUGGACUACUGUGCUGCUUCUCCCUUGAGGCCGAACUUUGUUUCAGGAAAUUCAGGAUGUUGUUUAGUUUCUAUCACAGUAGCCUCAUGUCUCUCCUAUGAAUAAAGGACGUGUCCAUCUUAAACUUUUCAAGGACGGCUUUGGACAGAAGCCCAAAGAAGCAAAGUCGAAAUUCAACACCUUCAGUAACUGAUGGAUAUUUCUCAUCUUUUAGAUGUAGUUCUUUGGCUCAGGGUCAUCCCAGCUGUGCAGAUGUUGAGUGAGAAGGGACCACCUCACCACCAGCCUGGGAUAAAUGGCAGCUCGAGCCCUCGGCAACCCCAGGAGCAAACAGAGCAGAUCUUGCUGGGUCACCAGCCGUGGAUCUGUUUCCACAGCUUCAAAUGUUUUUGCCCUUUUGAUCUUUGGUCUGAGCUGCUGCUGGUGGAAGAAGCGUUUCAAUAUUGACAGAGCAGUCUGUUGCCACGAACCCACAUGGCGCAGCGCUCUCAUCCUGCA